UCCUCCUCCCGCCGGCCUCCGCUUCCCAGAAUCCAAGAUGGCGGGAUCCAGGCAUAGGGGUCCCCAGGCCAGAGUUCGGUCUCUUUUCUGCGCCCUGCUGCUGUCGCUUAGUCGUUUCGCCGGGGCCGACGGCAUGGGGGGCGACCCCGCGGCCGCUGGUGCCGCGGGCACCGCAGCCGCACCGCCGCACCGCCGUUUCGAGUACAAAUACAGCUUCAAGGGGCCGCACCUGGUGCAAAGCGACGGGACAGUGCCCUUCUGGGCCCACGCGGGGAAUGCUAUUCCAAGUUCAGAUCAAAUUCGAAUAGCACCCUCUUUAAAAAGCCAAAGAGGAUCAGUGUGGACAAAGACAAAAGCAGCCUUUGAAAACUGGGAAGUUGAGGUGACAUUUCGAGUGACUGGAAGAGGUCGAAUUGGAGCUGAUGGCCUGGCAGUUUGGUAUACAGAAAAUCAAGGCUUGGAGGGUCCUGUGUUUGGAUCAGCUGAUAUGUGGAAUGGUGUUGGAAUAUUUUUCGAUUCUUUUGACAACGACGGAAAGAAAAAUAAUCCUGUUAUAGUAAUCAUAGGCAACAAUGGACAAAUCCAUUAUGACCAUCAAAAUGAUGGCGCCAGUCAAGCUUUAGCGAGUUGCCAGAGGGACUUUCGUAAUAAACCCUAUCCUGUCCGGGCAAAGAUCACAUAUUACCAGAAAACACUGACGGUGAUGGUCAAUAAUGGCUUCACACCAGAUAAAAAUGAUUAUGAAUUUUGCGCCAAAGUGGAUAAUAUGGUUAUCCCUCCUCAAGGACAUUUUGGAAUAUCUGCUGCAACUGGAGGGCUCGCAGAUGACCACGAUGUCCUUUCUUUCCUGACUUUCCAAUUGACUGAGCCUGGGAAAGAGCCGCCUACACCAGAUAAAGAAAUUUCAGAAAAAGAAAAAGAAAAGUAUCAGGAGGAAUUUGAGCACUUUCAACAAGAGUUGGAUAAAAAAAAGGAGGAAUUCCAGAAGGGCCACCCUGACCUUCAAGGGCAUCCUGCAGAUGAAAUAUUUGAGAGUGUAGGAGAUCGUGAGCUGAGACAAAUCUUUGAAGGACAGAAUCGUAUCCAUCUGGAAAUCAAGCAACUGAACCGACAAUUAGAUAUGAUUCUUGAUGAACAGAGAAGAUACGUGUCUUCCUUGACCGAGGAGAUCUCUAAAAGAGGAGCAGGAAUCCCAGGGCAUCAUGGACAGAUCACUCAGCAGGAGAUGGAUACUGUUGUGAACACUCAGCAGGAGAUUCUGAGACAAGUAAAUGAAAUGAAGAAUUCCAUGAGUGACACCGUCAGACUGGUCAGUGGCCUCCAGCAUCCGGGAUCUGCAGGGGGAGUUUAUGAGUCGACCCAGCACUUCAAUGACAUCAAAGAACACCUCCACAUAGUAAAGAGGGACAUAGAUCACUUGGUGCAGCGAAAUAUGCCAUCAAAUGAAAGGCCAAAAUGCCCAGAACUACCACCAUUUCCAUCGUGUUUAUCUACGAUGCACUUUGUUAUAUUUGUAGUGGUACAAACGGUGUUAUUCGUGGGUUAUAUCAUGUAUAGGACUCAGCAAGAAGCAGCUGCCAAAAAAUUCUUUUGACCACCAUUUUCCUAUGUGUUCAUCAUGUAUGUGUGUACAAAAUGUUGUCUUUUUGAGGGAAUUUAAGUAUUUAAAUUGCUUCAUAGUCUAAAUUAUUAAAUUUUGUAUAAAAUAACUGUUUAAACCUUGAUUUGCGGUAAGAAUAAACCUUAAAACAAAGACAACCACAUGUAAAUUUGUGCAUAGUACAUAAAUCUAUUUAAGUUUCAGUGAAUUUCUGGCCAGUAGAAUACAGCCACUGAACAGAAUAUUGAUAAAGAAGAUGGUAAAUAAUAGAAACUGGGGGCACCCUCCAGAUGUGAAAGUUACCCCUACGUCUCCAGUGUUGGAGGUUUCUUUAUUUAACAUAAAUACACUUGCCCUCCUGCCCCCCCUCCCCCCCCACCAACUCUGUGGUCUAAGAGCUCCCCAUCAUGUCCAUUUUGUAACCAGAGUCUUUUCUUAGAGAUCAGAGUUUCCCACUCUGACCCAGUCCUGCAGGCCUUUAAUGCAGUUCCCUUUGAAAUCAAAGAAUAUUUUGUCUGAGAGCUUUAGGAUCUAGAGAAUAGGCUUCAGAGUGUUGAAGUAUUUUUCCUUCCGAUUAUCCAUGAUACAUUUCACUUUUAAAGGGAAUUUCGGAAGAAAGUUAAUAGCUGCUGUUUGCCUGAAAAACCGUUUAGGUGAAAACGUUCCUGUGAUCAUGGUUUUUAUAGGUCUUCUGCCUGGUAACGUUCAUUUCACGGCUGCUCACGUUCUCGAACGCCUGCAUUCCAACAGUGUCCGUUCAAUAUUAAUGAAAAUGAUUUUCGGGUUAUUUGUAGUUUAAGGAACUCAUUUCUGCCAUGUUGAACAGUGUGUAAAUUCAGCUCUGAUGGCAUGUCCUGAGGGUCAAGUUCACAAAACCUAGCACUACGUUUUGGUUAAUGUGACUCCAUGUCAUCUGGUGUCGUUUAAAUCAAGGAGUCUGUAGUAGAAGCAGUGUUAAGGUUUUGAAGGCAGCAUUUCAAAAAUAGAAUUGAUAGUCCCGAUUUCUUUUUUUUUUUUAAUGCCAGAACUAAGGAUAUUGUGAAGCACUUGUGAGGAAGCUUGACCUUGAAAUGUCAGGCUGGAAGGGGUUAUUGUAGUCUUUGUACAUAGUUGUUCUAGGUAUUCUAGAAACGGUCGGUAAAGGACAUUUUAAAAUGCAGACCUCAUGUUUUCACAGCUGAUGUAGACCUAUUUUUUACUGGCUGCAAAAUACUCUUCAGUAGUUAUCUGUCCUUUGUCACAGCAGCCAAAAUAAUACUGUGUUACAAAACAGUAUGGUUUCAUUCUUCCAGACCUUCCUGAAUUUGUUCUCAAAUGUCAUCCACAGAUGGGGCUAACUGCCUAAAGUCUCUACGAAGGCUGUGGGGAACUCUGCCUUUCAGCAGUCCCUACUCCAUACUGUAUACGCACACAGUCCUAGCCUUGCUUUCUAGAUUAACGUUCAUCCUGGAACGCUGAACGAGAAUAUUCUAGUGACUGCCCGCUCCGCUUGGGUCACUUUCACAGAGAACAUGCUUCUCGGAUGUGUGUCCUUGGUAGCAGUAACAUUCAGAAAUUCACGUUUCAGAGACAUCAUCACAGAAUUUGCUUUUAAUGUGUAGAAAACCAAAAAGACAAAACCCUUCCGAAGCAUGUUGAGGUUGCGGGCUGGGACAGUUGGGAGGUCCUCUUGAGAUGAAAGGCUGCACGCACACUGUCCGGUGUUACAAAACCGCGGUCACACGUGCCCGGACGUCCGGCAGGAAAACCGGACAUGUGUGCCCCGCGUCCACCGCGUGCGGAGGGGCCGUGCGGCCGCUCCUGACCCGGGGGUGGGGGGGGCAGCCGCGUCUACGAGAGCGCGUGCACCUUUUUCUCCUUUACUUAGUAAUUUCAUGUACUUGAGAAUCACUUAGUAAAGCAGUUCGCACAGGCUCUUCGUCAUAUCAUUUGAAAUUCGGUUUCUUUUCCUCCAAAUCACAGACUUCAGGUAGCUUCCUUUCUGAAGAAAAAUAUUCGCUCUGUGGAGAAAUCAGUCACUGCCAGGAUCCUUUCAUUUCUGUACUAUUUUGUGUAAUUGAAUUUGUUGACUUCUCUCACACCAGCAAGUAUUUUACAGGUGCCUUGGAUUAAAACAAAAUUGAUUUUAAAUUUUUAGUGCAACUCAUUGUGCUUACGAUGCCACUUUUAAAAAGAAAUCCAGCUACACCAUGGCUAGUGCUUUUAUGUAAUGUAUGUACUUGUGUUCUGAUUGUUCGAAUGUCUUAUUCAGCUUGAAACUUCCCUGUGAAGCCUCAGACAGUAAACGAUGUUUUGGAGGUAUUCAAGGAGGUAUUCAUCAGCGCCUCUCAGAGUGUGGUCCGUGGACCAUCUGGGUCAUGGUGUGCUCGUGCAGAAUGCAGAUUCUGGGGCUCCAUUCUAGGGCACCUGCAUCAGAAUUCAGGGGCGGGGCUUCAGGAUGUCGUGUUCCACGAGCACCUCAGCUGAUUCUGAGCACACUAAUGUCUGAGAACCACUAGGAUGAGGAAUGCAAAAAAAGAAGUCUUUGGUUCUGUUGGUUUAAAGCUGAGCUGAGAGCAUAAUAUAACAUUGUCAUCAUCAAUGACAUUAGCAAAUGUGCACUGAUUCUGUUAUAAUUAACAAGUGAUGUUCUUUUUACUAAAACUCUUGGUUUAUUAAUAGCCACAUGCCAAACCCAGGUUGUUGCCUGUAGCUCUUGGCACUUUGGUUGAUGGCUUUUAAACUUACAAAAUCACCAGAUCAUGGUGAAGCCGUGAGAACUCCCAUCUCAGAGUCCGCCUGCUAAAGCCUUUUGCUUUCCUGAUUGCAAUUUUUGUGGCAUUUUAUCUCAGACAAUUGUACUUUUUGAUAACUUGGGGAAAACAGAAAUUACUUGAAUAAGGGAUUGCCUGACCCGAUGCAUUGCAGAGAUAACAAUCUUUGUAAAGAAUUUCAAUAACAGUUGUGAAUAUUAAGAUGUGAUUAUCUUUUCCUGUUCAUGUGCUUACUGCAGGGAGAUAGUGAACAAACGACUAUAUGGGGGGUUUUUUUAUUUAUAAGAUCUAAUGUAAAAUCACCACUUGCAACUUUUUAGACCUGUAUGUUUGCCUGUUUAAUAUAUUUCUUUUAAAGUUUAAAAGGGUUUUCUAUCCACUGUUAAUUUCAAUUGGGUAACAUUUUGUCAAGUGUUUUUUUUUCUGAUUGUUAUUUGAUGCUAGCUGAAAUUCGAGAAAUGACAUUGACCUUAUUCAAAUAAAGAAAUAUUUUAGUAAA